AUGCAUAGCGCGGCGAUGGGGGGCGGAGCCCUAUUCGGGUGCUCCUCUGCCGGCCACAGCGGCAUCAACCAACUGGGAGGGGUGUACGUCAACGGGAGACCCCUGCCGGACUCCACGCGGCAGAAGAUCGUGGAGCUGGCGCACUCGGGGGCGCGGCCCUGCGACAUCAGCAGGAUCCUGCAGGUCUCCAACGGAUGCGUCUCCAAGAUACUCGGCAGAUACUACGAGACUGGAUCUAUCAAGCCUCGGGCGAUUGGCGGGUCAAAACCUCGGGUGGCCACGACCCCAGUGGUCCAGAAGAUUGCCGACUACAAGAGGGAAUGCCCUUCAAUCUUCGCGUGGGAGAUCAGGGACCGUCUCCUCAGCGAAAACGUGUGCAAUAACGACAACAUUCCAAGCGUAUCUUCAAUCAACCGAGUACUAAGGAACCUGGCCUCGCAGAAGGAGCAAGCGGCGUCUGCGCAGAACGACAGCGUAUACGAGAAGUUGAGGAUGUUCAACGGGCAGGCGGCGACGGGCUGGUGGUAUCCAGGGCUGCCAACCGCACCGACGGCGCCUGCGCUACCAGCGCCUCUACCGCCGCAGUUGAACAGGACAGGCAGUGCCGAGGAGCAUAAAAGAGAUCCCCUACAGUCAGAAGCUGGGUCGGACGGGAACAGCGAGCACGCAUCAUCAGGCGACGAGGAUAGUCAGAUGAGGCUCCGGCUGAAGAGGAAGCUGCAGAGAAACCGGACCAGCUUCACCAACGACCAGAUAGACAGCCUUGAAAAAGAGUUCGAGCGCACCCACUACCCCGACGUUUUCGCGAGAGAACGACUGGCCGAAAAGAUUGGAUUGCCUGAGGCACGUAUCCAGGUUUGGUUUUCGAAUCGGCGCGCGAAGUGGCGGCGCGAAGAGAAGCUCCGAAGCCAGAGACGGGACGCGCCGGCGGCUUCGCCCCCCGCGCCCCCCGCCCCGCGGCUCCCCCUCAACGGAGGCUUCAACUCCAUGUAUAGCCCCAUACCACAGCCCAUUGCUACUAUGAGCGAUUCUUAUAGUUCGAUGUCGGGUGGGCUGUCGUCGUCGUGUCUGCAACAGCGGGACGGCGGGUACCCUUACAUGUUUGGUGACGUGUUGGGUAGUGGAGGGUACUCCAGAGCACCGGCGGCGCAUCAGCAGCACGGGGCUUACUCGCAACCGCAGGCUGCUGCUAGCACAGGUGUAAUAUCAGCGGGGGUGAGCGUGCCAGUGCAAAUACCGUCGCAAGGGCCAGACCUCGCGUCGAACUACUGGGGACGACUUCAGUGA